CUUUUCUUUUUCCCCUCCAUUCAAGAUGCGACUGUGUACGUGGGCGGCUUGGACGAGAAGGUCAGUGAGCCGCUGCUAUGGGAGCUCUUUCUCCAGGCAGGACCAGUGGUCAAUACCCACAUGCCCAAGGAUCGAGUCACAGGCCAGCACCAAGGCUACGGGUUUGUGGAGUUCCUCAGCGAGGAGGACGCGGAUUACGCCAUUAAGAUCAUGAACAUGAUCAAGUUGUACGGGAAGCCGAUACGAGUGAACAAAGCCUCGGCCCACAACAAGAACCUGGAUGUGGGGGCCAACAUCUUCAUUGGCAACUUGGACCCCGAAAUCGAUGAGAAGCUGUUGUACGACACAUUCAGCGCCUUUGGGGUCAUCCUGCAGACACCCAAGAUCAUGCGAGACCCCGACACGGGCAACUCAAAGGGCUAUGCCUUCAUCAACUUUGCCAGCUUCGAUGCCUCCGAUGCUGCCAUUGAGGCCAUGAAUGGACAGUACCUCUGCAACAGGCCCAUCACCGUCUCCUACGCCUUCAAAAAAGAUUCCAAAGGCGAACGGCACGGCUCAGCCGCCGAGCGGCUCCUGGCAGCCCAGAACCCGCUCUCGCAGGCUGAUCGGCCCCAUCAGCUGUUUGCUGACGCUCCUCCUCCUCCAUCUGUCCCUACCCCUGUGGUCACGUCCCUGGGACCUGGCGUCACACCUCCAGGCAUCCCACCCCCAGGAUCAUUCCCACCGCCGGUGCCACCCCCUGGAGCGAUGCCCCCUGGCAUGCCUCCUGCCAUGCCACCCCCACCCAUGCCGCCAGGAGCCGGUGCCCCCGGCCCCCCUUCUGGGGCCACUCCCAGCGGAGGACACCCACCUCACCCGCAUCCCUUCCCGCCGGGUGGGAUGCACCAUCCAGGAAUGCCUCCCAUGCAAGUGCACCACGGACCACCCGGGAUGGGCCAGCAUCAUCCAGGACCGCCGGGCUCUGGAGGCCAGCCUCCCCCGCGGCCCCCGCCCGGCAUGCCACACCCCGGACCCCCACCCAUGGGUAUGCCGCCCCGAGGGCCUCAUUUCGGGUCGCCCAUGGGUAAGUGGGUGCCUGCGAGAGGCGGUAUGUGUUCUUUUAUUUUGAACGUACACUUUAUUGAGUUAAGCGCUUGCUUCGGUCCCCCACCCCACCUUCCCUCUUCCCUUGCUUAACGGAGACGUGAAGGAGGCGAUAUUACAGCCUCCCUGUGGGGAAGUGUUUUGGAGCAAGACCUGGCAGCGAUGAGCUGCCAAACAGGGUCUCCUGGGGCUUUCCUCGUGUUCGUCGCGACGUGGGGCUUUGCAUGUGGGGGACAGGGCUAGAAGGGGGUAUGGCAGGACUGUCUGGUGAUCUUCCGCACCUCUCCAGUGGGGAUGCUGACUGGGCUUUGCCAUCAGGGAGGGUUCCUGAGACCUGUCGUGUCCCCCGAGUGGGGAGGGAGGGUGUGGGAGGCUCGUGGGCACGUGUCGGGGUCCCAGAUACCUGCCUGCCUUGCUCAGAGGGGACCUGGAAGAGGUGGGUUGGUAAAACUGAUCCUUACGGUGCAGCCCACACAGCGAUGCCACCGCUGAACGUUUGGCUGCUAUGUUGCCCCUCUGAUAGGGACAGUCACGUCCUGGGCUUGGGGGGCCACACGAGGGCAUCCCGGCUGAUGCAGCUGGCUCCUGCGGUGCCGAGAGGCUGCAGCCCGCUCGCUUGGCUGAGGCUAGGCUCUGGCUGAAGGUGUUUCAAGUGGGUUAGUCCUGUAUCGAGUGGAUCCCCCCUCUUAGCUCCCAGGCUGAUGCUUGGGGCUCCUAUCAACCUUUCAGUUUGCAGAUGAGUUCCCCAUCCCGCGGGCACCAGCUAGAACUGGCACCCAAGGGUGGGGCUUGUAUGGGGUGUUUCCACUUCCCCCCCCCCCCC